GCCUGGCGCCGUCUUGAUACUUUCAGAAAGAAUGCAUUCCCUGUAAAAAAAAAAAAAAAAAAAAAAAUACUGAGAGAGGGAGAGAGAGAGAGAGAGGAAAAGAGAGAGAGACGGAGAGAGCGCGAGACAGAGCGAGCCACGCAAUCUGACCGGGCAGUUACUGCUCUCCCAGGUCACACGCCUUCUCCUCCUCCUCUCUGCUCCUCACUACCCAGGUGACCCGGGAGAGACUCAGUCUUGGAGCCGCCGAGUAGCCCCCGGUGCAGAGGAGCCUCACUUGCAGAAUUCCAGCCAGUCUUCGCCCCCCUUUUACAAUUUGGUCCCCCUUUAUACUCCCAUACCUAAUUUUUGGAAUUUCUUUUUUCUUCCUCUUCUUUUCGCUAAACUACCCCGCAAAGAUUUUUAAAAAAAUCUCAUUUGCUCACCUUUCCUUCCUAGCUUUCCCAUUUCCCAACUGAAAACAAAUCUUUAAACGACCCCCGCCCCUCCGACGGCAGGAGCACCUGCAGAGCCUCGUAGCCCCCGACCUCCCAGCCCGACCGCCCUCCCUCUCAGCGCGCGGGUUCCGGGCCCGGCGAGAGGGCGAGAGCGCAGCCGGGGCCAUGGAGGUGACGGCGGACCAGCCGCGCUGGGUGAGCCACCACCACCCCGCGGUCCUCAACGGGCAGCAUCCGGACACGCACCACCCGGGCCUCGGCCACUCCUACAUGGACCCGGCGCAGUACCCCCUGCCGGAGGAGGUGGAUGUACUUUUUAACAUCGACGGUCAAGGCAACCACGUCCCGUCCUACUACGGAAACUCGGUGAGGGCCACCGUGCAGAGGUACCCUCCGACCCACCACGGGAGCCAGGUGUGCCGGCCGCCUCUGCUGCACGGAUCCCUGCCCUGGCUGGACGGCAGCAAGGCUCUGGGCAGCCACCACACCGCUUCGCCCUGGAACCUCAGCCCCUUCUCCAAGACGUCCAUCCACCACGGCUCCCCGGGGCCCCUGUCGGUCUACCCCCCAGCCUCGUCCUCGUCCCUGUCGGCGGGCCACUCCAGCCCGCACCUCUUCACCUUUCCACCCACCCCGCCGAAGGACGUCUCCCCGGACCCGUCCCUGUCCACCCCGGGCUCAGCCGGCUCGGGCCGCCAGGACGAGAAGGAGUGCAUCAAGUACCAGGUGCCUCUGCCCGACAGCAUGAAGCUCGAGUCGGCGCAUCCCCGCAGCAGCAUGACCACCCUGGGAGGGGCGGCGGCCUCAGCCCACCACCCCAUCACCACCUACCCGCCCUACGUUCCCGAGUACAGCUCCGGACUCUUCCCGCCCAGCAGCCUGCUUGGGGGCUCCCCCACCGGCUUCGGAUGCAAGUCGAGGCCCAAGGCCAGAUCCAGCACAGAAGGCAGGGAGUGUGUGAACUGUGGGGCAACCUCUACCCCACUGUGGCGUCGAGAUGGAACGGGGCAUUACCUGUGCAACGCCUGUGGGCUCUACCACAAGAUGAACGGACAGAACCGGCCCCUCAUCAAACCCAAGCGAAGGCUGUCAGCAGCAAGAAGGGCAGGUACGUCCUGUGCAAACUGUCAAACCACAACCACGACUCUCUGGAGAAGAAAUGCCAAUGGAGACCCUGUCUGCAAUGCCUGCGGGCUGUACUACAAGCUGCACAAUAUUAACAGACCCCUGACUAUGAAGAAGGAAGGCAUCCAGACCAGAAACCGAAAAAUGUCUAGCAAAUCCAAAAAGUGCAAAAAGGUGCACGACACGCUGGAGGACUUCCCCAAGAGCAGCUCGUUCAACCCCGCCGCCCUCUCCAGACACAUGUCUUCCCUCAGUCACAUCUCACCCUUCAGCCACUCCAGCCACAUGCUGACCACACCCACGCCGAUGCACCCGCCCUCCAGCCUCUCCUUCGGACCUCACCACCCUUCCAGUAUGGUCACCGCCAUGGGUUAGGGUCCCUGCUCGAUGCUCAAAGAUCUCCAGGCGAGAGUCCCUCCAGCCCCUUCGACGUGCAUUUUCGCAGGAGCAGUAUCAUGAAACCGAAACCCGAUGGAUCUAUAUGUUUUUGCAGGCAGAAAGCAACAUGAUGUUUGCCACUUGGACAGAGGAGCCCACUGUGGUGUCUGUGUUCUCACUCCCUGAAUCUGGAUACCAUUUGUGAAUAAGCCAUUCAGACUCAUAUUCCCUAUUGAACAGGGUCUCUCUAGUGCUGUGAAAAAAAAAAUCGCUAAACAUUGCAUAUAACUUAUAUUGUAAGAAAGACUGUACAUUGGAAGAAGAAGACUUUAUGGCCUCCGUCAGGAAGGCACGAAGGAUGCCAUGCAUUUUAAAGAUGAUGGAAGAAAAUAAAGUGUGGAAAUUAAGAAGAAACUAGUUCUGAUAUCCAAAUGGACAAACUGCCAGUUUUGUUUCCUUUUCCUGGUCACAGUUUGAUGCAUUAAAGGAAAAAAAAAAAAAAAAAAGGAAAAAAAAAGAAAAAUGUUGUAGGCGAAUCAUUCGUUCAAAGCUGUGGGCCUCUGCGUAGGAAAUUCUAUCACUCCAGGCAACGCGUUACACUCCCAGAUUGCCAUGGAGGGUUCAGUUAGACUUUCCUAGGCCUCCAUGCUUUGUGAACAAGUCCCUGUAAUUGUCGUUUGUAUGUAUAAUUCAAAGCACCAAAAUAAGAGAAGUUGUAGAUUUAUUUCAUCAUAUUAUACAGACUGAAUUGUUGUACAAAUUUAUUUCCUGCUAGUGUUAAGAACUGCUUUUUUUUGUGUGUUUCCGUUUUAAUAUUUUCCUCCUCUCUCAAUUUUUGGUUGAAUAAACUAGAUGACGUUCAGUUGACCUAAGGCGGUUGUGCUCCACAGGGCUGAUUUUGUUUUUCCUUUUUGUUUCUCAAUGAUAUUUAUUAAAUAGCUUCUAAGGGUACAAGAGCAUCUGUCCUUUGUCACUUCUCCUGCAGCCUGUGCUAUGAGGGUAGCAGUGUAUGAGCUACCCGCGUGCAUGUCAGCGACUCGGGCCCGACAGCCCGGGUUCUGAGAGCAACCUGGCUGAAUGUUAGCACCUGUUGUGUUCUGUGUUAGUGAUCACUGCCUUUCAUGCAGUCUGUUGGAAUAAUAAUAUAAAAAGAUAAUAAAGUUAAAAGAUUUAAAAACAACCACGUAACAUGGUAAUCAAGCGUGGUGGCCAAGCUCUUCUAAAAUCUGGUAGCUCUAGCUAAUUGAAGCAAAAGGAGUUUAAACAAAACAAAACAAAAUAACAAAGCCCAAACUUGUUCAGUUAUUCACUAGGAGAUAAGGCAAACCCCAGACAGUCAACAUCAAUUCAUCUGGGAAGCUGGGGACCUUUGGGGCUCAUGGGAUGCAGCCCAGAGGAAGGCAUCCCCAGGCUGGAGUAGGUUCUGUGGUCCUCUCUGAGCUGCCGUUCCCUCCUCCUUGUCUAGCCUCAAGGAGACGAUCUUCUAGCAGGAGAAACAGGAAGAUUUCCUCGUUGGGAUUCUCGGGUGGAUUUGCAGUUGAUGGAUCUCUGCAAGAUGGAAAGGAGCUGGGCUUCACGUCUGUUUUGCUUUUCUACUGUUGAAUAACAUCACAGUGAAGGGUUGAUUGGAAUGUUUGCGAAACAUGAAAUAACCAUUUUGUAACCUACGCUGUAUAGUUUCCUUUUACUCUGUUGACAGAAUGUGUAACGCUGGCACACAUUUGAAAAAUCUCUGUUAAUCGCCUCUCUGCUUUCUUAGCAAAUAUUUCAAGCCUA